AUGCACGAGCAGCCUGGCGAACGGGACUGCUCCAGGCCAGCCAUUGGCGGCAACCACUACGGUCCUGUCAUGGUGUACUUGAGCAAAGUGCCCGACGCGACAACGGCGGACGGGUCGUCAGACUUCUUCAAGAUCGGCCAAUAUGGGUACACGGCGGCGGACAAAACGUGGGGCACCGACGUACUCAACGAGAACUGCGGCAAGUUUGAGGUUUUGAUCCCGGCAGGUCUGGCGGCCGGAGACUACCUGCUCCGAGCUGAGGCUAUCGCCCUACACGCGGCUUCGCAGCCGGGCGGAGCACAGUUUUACAUGACGUGCUAUCAAAUUCGAGUCUCCGGCGGAGGCAGCACGACACCGGCCGGCGUCAAAAUCCCUGGCGCAUACAGCGCGUCAGAUCCUGGUAUUCAGGUUGACAUUUGGGGCAAUGGGUUCAGCGAGUACACCAUUCCGGGACCUGCCGUAGUGUCCGCUUAG